GCAUCGUUGCAUAUAAAUACUGCAUACCGCGAUAUUGAUGCCAGUUCAUAGCAGGAAGAGUGCAAACUAUUAACUAUUAACUAGAAUCUCUCAUCACAAAGAAGAAAAUAAUUCCCGAAUAGCAUAAAAACAUGAAGCGGACUCUCAUGCUUCUCUUCGCGUUCGUCGUUGCUGCAAUGAGUAACGAAGAGGUGGAAAAAUUGGCAGAAAACUUAGAAAUGUCAAUUGAGGAUUUGCAGAAGUGCUUCAACAAAUCGAAUACAGUAUUCGAGGAAUUAACAAACAUAUAUCGAAUUGUGAAAGACAAUAUGCAGACUACAAAUUUCGACGAAAAGGCUUUAAGAAUUGGCUGCUUUGUCACCUGCUUUGGCCAGAAUAAAGAAGUAGUGAAAGGUACAAAUAUCAAUAUAGACAAAUUUAAAAAUAUAGUAUACACUAGAUUAAAGUGGGGAGAGAGAAUUAAUGAUUUUCCAAAAUGGGACCAAAUGUUAGACACAUGCUACAAUCAAGUUAAAAGUGAAACUGACGAAUGCAAGCUCGGUAUCAAAGCCACAGUAUGUUAUGCGAAUGAAAUGGGAUAUUUCAAAAACGACGAUUAUAGCGAUAUUUGACGCUAUAAUCGAGGAAAUAAUAACAGGACAAGUAGAAUAUCACAAAAAUUAUUCUAGGCAAAUAUGUUUCAGUCAAAUCAAGAUCCAGAUCUGUAUGAGAAAUCUCUCCUAUUGCUGUAUGCGAAGGACUUCAUUUAAUUUGACAGAGAUUGCUAACAACUCGAUUUCUAGAUUUAAAGAUAAAUCACUAUAGAUCGUAGCUACUAACAAAGUUAAAAAGAAAAUAAGAAAUGAUACAUGAUGAUACACGAGAAGGCAACCUAACAUUUGCAGGAAAUGUGGAUUACUUUGCGUUAAUAAAGUUUCAUUUAUGUAUUAUAUUUCAUUAUUUGAAGUAAAAUUGUGAAAACAUUUGAGAAUGGUUACUUCUCUAAUUAUUUUGCAUUUUAAUUAUGCCAGAGAUUUGUCUUGUUUCUAACGAAAAAAUCCCCGAUAAUUGAUAUUUUUACAAAAUAUUCAUAUAACAAAAUAUGAAAGAAAAGCAUGCAACACGAGCAAGAAGACUUUCACAACCCAUUCAAUUCGCACUCAUUUUCUGGAAAUCACAUCUAAAAAGAAUCACGAAAACGCAAGAGUGUCGGUGAUUAAUAGGAAAUAAAACAUCAACGCAUUUUAAUAACGUUAAUUCCACUUUUGUGCUACAAUUACUUCGUGCAAAUGUAAAUAUGACACGACACGAUGAUGAGCAUCGUCGAAUGAUAAUUGAUGGAAUUUCCUUCCGUCGCAUUGACAUUUUUGCCGAUGUCGCACGCGACAACCUUCAAAAUUGUUCGAGAUAAAAUGAUAACAUUUGUAAACAUUUUAUUUCUCAAAUUAUUAAAAGAUUUCUUCUUUUCCAAUUCUUGAAUAAUCAAUAUUGCUACAAACAAAUAACGAAACAUCGAUAAAACUCCUUUAAUAAUUCCUCCGUUAAUAAUUCCUUUUACACGUUUCAGAAGAGUUUGUUAAAAUGAAACACAAAAGCGCAAAAAUAUCGAUAAUUAAUAGGAAUUCAAACGUUAACAUGUUUUAAUUAUAUUAAUUCCGCUCUUGUCCCUAACGCUGAAUUUAAACAAAUGCAAAUACAACAACUGAUUUUUAUAAAAUAUUAACCAAUGAAUUUCUCUGUUGUAUUUGCAUUUGUCCCGAUCGAUAAUGUAUUAAAGCAUAUCGCACGCGAUAACCUUUAAUACAUCAUUAUCUAUAAACAUAACACUUACAUUUUAUUUUUUAUUGCUUUGUUAUAACACAUCACUCAAUAAGUUCGUAGGAUGACAUAUAAAUGGCGUUACUAUUGACAAAUCCAUAUGAUUUUUAGGAAGUACUAACUUUCAAAUGAUACGUGUCAAAAUUUCAUGACAAUCGGACGUUUAGUUCACAAGUUACAGUGGUUCGAAGUAGGUACCGCGUUUGCUCAAUCAAAAACAGCAACGCGUCGACAAUUCAGCGGGCUGUUUGGAGCUGUUUCAGCGCAAUAAGAAGGAUUUUUUGAUGCGGUAUGUGACAAUGGAUGAAACAUGGAUCCAUCACUACACUCCAGAGUCAAAUCGGCAGUCAGCUGAGUGGACAGCAACCGGCGAAACCCGCUCAAAGCCGAAACUAAAGCCUAUCUUGAGACCAAAGAUAAAUCGUUCUACAAAAGAGCCAUCGAAAUAUUAGAGAAGCGUUGAAGGAGACUAUGUAGAUGAAUAAAGUCAAAUUUUGCCUAAAA